CUCGGCUGCUGCGGCUAGGAGAGGAAUGGCCGCGUUCAGGAACUGAGCAGUGCCUGCGUUUUUCUGUCCCGCGCGGCGCCCCGUAGCCGAGAAGCAAGUCGGGCCGGGCUGAGCACUGGACAGGCAGGUUCUGCCCGCUGAGAGGCCCCGGUAGCGGAGCAGCGGUUGCCAGGGAAGAAUUGGCUGCUGGCUUUGGAAAUGGCUUUGAGUGAGAUGAACGGGGAUGGCUCUGAACAAGAGGAAGGUGGAUGCCAGGAGCCAGAUGUCAUUGCCAGGGGAAAUAUAUUGGAGAGUUUUGCAGAGAGUCAAGAAGUCAGAGGGUUAAUUAACAGCCUGAAAGGAGUGUAUGGAGAUCUGGGAACACGAGAGAUGACAAUUGAAAAAUUUAUAGUUAUAAUGGACAAGUACCAGGAACAACCUCACUUGUUGGAUUCACACCUAGAAUGGAUGAUGCAUUUAUUGCUGGAUAUAGUGCAGGAUAACAGGUCUCCUUCUCCACUAGUACAUCUGGCUUUUAAAUUUCUUUACAUCAUUACAAAGGUACGAGGGUAUAAAAUUUUCCUCCGACUGUUUCCUCAUGAAGUAGCUGAUCUGCAGCCUGUUUUGGAUAUGUUUGCAGAUCAGAAUCCUAAGGACUAUGAGACAUGGGAGACUCGCUACAUGCUCUUGUUGUGGCUCUCCAUGACAUGUCUGAUACCGUUUGAUUUGGCUCGUCUUGAUGGAAAUAUCCUUUCUAAAGAAGGAUGCACUCGGAUGCCAAUAAUGGAUCGCAUACUCAAUGUAGCAAAAUCUUACCUGGUUGUCAGUGAUAAGGCUCGAGAUGCAGCUGCUGUACUGGUUUCCAGGUUUAUUAUCCGCCCUGAUGUCAAACAAAAAAGAAUGGCAGACUUCCUGGACUGGGCCCUUUCAACAUUAUCUAACUCAUCCUUCCAGACCAUGGAGGGGACUAUUGUAAUGGAUGGCAUGCUUCAGGCCCUGGCGCAGUUAUUUAAACAUGGCAAGAGAGAUGAUUGUUUACCAUAUGCUUCUACUGUACUUGAAUGCCUUGAUAAUUGCAAGCUGUCAGAAAGUAACCAGACGCUUCUUCGUAAACUCGCGGUGAAACUUGUUCAAAGACUUGGAUUGACAUUUCUAAAACCAAAGGUGGCAAAGUGGAGGUAUCAACGUGGUUGCAGAUCUUUGGCUGCCAAUCUGCAGUUUUCUGCCCAGGUUCCAGUUGUGCAGAACCUAGUAAUUGCUGCAGCUGAUGAAGAGGAAUAUGACAUUCCAGGAGAGGUUGAGAAUGUUAUAGAACAAUUGUUGAUUGGAUUGAAAGACAAAGACACCAUUGUCAGAUGGUCUGCUGCAAAAGGGAUUGGGAGAAUAACUGGAAGGCUUCCAAAAGAGUUAGCUGAUGAUGUGGUUGGGUCUCUGUUGGACUGCUUUAGUUUCCAGGAAACGGACAAUUCUUGGCAUGGCGGAUGUCUGGCUCUGGCUGAAUUAGGCAGGAGAGGGUUGUUACUCCCUUCCCGAAUCGCAGAUGUUGUUCCUGUUAUUUUAAAAGCAUUGACAUAUGACGAGAAGCGAGGAGCCUGCAGCGUGGGUUCCAACGUAAGAGAUGCAGCAUGCUAUGUUUGCUGGGCCUUUGCUCGUGCCUAUGAUCCCUUAGAACUGAAGCCAUUUGUUAAUCAAAUUUCAAGUGCAUUAGUAAUAGCUGCAGUGUUUGACCGUGAUAUUAACUGCAGAAGAGCUGCCUCUGCUGCCUUCCAGGAGAAUGUUGGAAGACAGGGGACUUUUCCACAUGGCAUUGAUAUUGUGACUGCAGCUGAUUAUUUUGCUGUUGGUAACAGAGUUAAUUGUUUCCUUAAUAUAAGCGUGUACAUUGCUAGUUUUCCUGAGUAUACACAAUCAAUGAUUGAUCACCUGGUUAACACGAAGAUCAACCAUUGGGAUGGUGUUAUUCGAGAACUGUCAACCAAGGCUCUGCAUAACCUCACUCCACAGGUCCCUGAGUAUAUGACAAAUGUGGUUUUGCCAAGACUGCUACCAUUAGCAGUGGGCACAGAUUUGCACACUCGCCAUGGGGCCAUUCUUGCCUGUGCUGAGAUCACCCAUGCACUGUACAAACUAGCAGCAGAGAAUAAUAGGGGACCUGAACUUAGGAAGGGGAACAAGAGAUCAGUUACGAAUUAUUUCAGUGAAAAAUCGUUGGAGGGACUUAAGCAGAUCCAUUUGGAGCUGUGCAGUCGUCAGUUGUACAGGGGUUUAGGUGGUGAACUAAUGAGACCAGCUGUCUGCACUUUAAUUGAAAAGUUGUCACUUUCAAAAAUGCCAUUUAGAGAGGAUCCCAUAAUCGAUGGCUGGCAAUGGUUGAUAAAUGACAGUUUAAGAAGUCUGCCUCUUGUUUCAAGCACUGCAAGACGGCAAAUAAAGGAAGCUGCAGUCUCUGCACUUGCUGCAUUGUGUAAUGAAUAUUACAUCAAUGAACAGAGAGAAGCCAAUCCAGCUCUUCAGGGUGAACUGUUGCAGCAAUAUAUUUCAGAACUUCAGAACACAGAGGAAAUGAUUCGUUGUGGGUUUUCACUAGCCCUGGGGGCCCUUCCAAGAUUUCUGUUAAAAGGCAAGCUCCAGCAGGUUUUAGAAGGUUUGAAAAAAGUUAUCUGCAUUUCCCACAAAGAUGUGAGCUUUGCAGAAUCAAGAAGAGAUGGCCUGAAAGCAACUGCAAAAGUUUGUCAGACAGUUGGUGUGAAGAGAAAUGGACCACAGGAUGAAUUUGUCUGCAAAGAUAAUGUUAUUCAGAUCUAUACAAUGUUACUUAAUGGUAUGAGUGACUAUACCACAGACAGCCGAGGAGAUGUUGGAGCAUGGGUACGAGAAGCUGCUAUGACAAGUUUAAUGGAGGUGACACUUUUGUUGGUACAAAAUGAGCCAGAGUUGCUGGAUGCUAACAUCUGUAAACAGAUUAUGUGCUGCGUGGCCCAGCAAUCGGCAGAAAAAAUAGAUAGAUUUCGUGCUCAUGCAGGAUCUGUGUUCCUCAGUCUUCUGAAUUUUGACAACCCUACAAUUCCACACAUACCGCACCGGGAAGAAUUGGAGAGGAUAUUUCCAAGGUCAGAGGCUGUAACUUUAAACUGGAAUGCCCCCUCACAAGCCUUCCCUCGAAUCACACAGCUUUUGGGUUUGCCAACAUAUCAGUAUUAUGUACUGCUGGGUCUCACGGUGUCUGUCGGUGGAUUAACAGAGACAACGGUCAGGUACUCGGCACAGAGCCUGUUUGACUAUAUGAAGAAAAUCCAAAAUGAUCUAGGUGCCAUGAAUAACUUUUGUGAGACAUUGCUACAGGUCUUUGAGGAUAACCUGCUGAAUGACAGGGUGUCUGUGCCCUUGCUAAAGAUGCUAGAUCAGAUGCUGGCCAAUGGCUGCUUUGAUAUCUUCACCGCUGAAGAGAACCAUCCGUUUUCUUUGAAGUUACUUACUCUUUGCAAAGAAGAAAUCAAGAAAUCCAAAGACAUUCAAAAACUUCGCUCCAGCAUUGCAGUGUUUUGUGGCAUGAUUCAGUUUCAAGGUGACAUGAGAAAGAAAGUUUUAUUUCAGCUGUUCCUUCUUCUUUGCCAUCCAUUUCCUGUGAUAAGGAAAACAACAGCCAGUCAAGUGUAUGAAAUGUUGAUAACCUACAGUGAUAUUGUCGAUCCCGAUAUUCUGGAUGAGGUCAUGACAGUACUUAGUGACACCAACUGGGAUGCUGAAUUACCACUACUGAGAGAGAAGCGCAACUAUCUCUGUGACCUAAUGAAAGUGCCGAAACCGCAACUAGUGUCCAAGAGUGCAGCAUAGUAAAGCAGUCAGUGUUCUCUGUUGCUUUGAAAACUGAAGCUCUCUGGCACUUGCGUCAUGAAGGAGGAAGUGAUCUGUGCUGCAGCAUCUUGAUAAACUGGAGUUUGAGACUGAGCUACAAAAUAUGAUUAACAAAAUUAACAUAAAGAGUAAAAGCACCCCACAAGAUAUGCCACUGAAAAAGCAGGCUGUUUAUCUGUCAGUAUCUCCGACCACAAUAUAAAGAAGGCAACAAAGGUCCAUUAUGUUUUCAAUUCGUAAAUUUGUCAUCUGUAGCCACAAGAUGGCAGUUUGUCCUCAUGAUCUUUGUCAUAACUGAGCUGCUUUUGAAUGCCAAUAUCUUGCAUUCCCCUCAGUAAACCUGACUUAGUGUCUCUCCUCUAAAAUCAUUGCGCUUGUACUUGUGUAUUAUUCAUUUACAGUUGUGACUAAUGCGUGUGGUCAAGACAAAUAUUUAAGAUAAUGUAACAGCUCAGAGUGGUAAUGCUUAAUGGUAAUACCUCUCUCAAUAAACUGUUCUUUUAUUGCCUUCAA